GUUACAUAUUACACCAAAGAUGUUUGAAAAAAUACUUGUUGAAAAAGUUUAUUGUUCUAACUGUGCUAUGCUAGAGGUAGCAAUUGAGUCUAUCCUGAAAUCCAAAUUUGGUACUUAUGGUAGAUCACCCCCAG